CUACACCAAGGCGAAAACUGCAAAGCCGUGUGCAAAUUAGGAAUGUAGUGCAGGUACGUACGUCUGCCGACGCCGCAGAUAAGCACAUCCAGAAUUCAAUAUGACGGCUGACACGAACGUUUCCUCCCCCGCUGUGACUCCGCAGCGAACGGCGCGAGGGAGUCCGACCACACUCAGCGUCCAGAUUCCAACGAAGGACGACUUUCAUCCGAAGAGCCCCGGUCUGACGACUUUCGGUAUAAAUGAAAAUGAAACUACGAGCAAACAACUACUCAAAAAAGCAAAACCUUGAAAUUUUUGAAGACGAGGUUGAGACAAGAAGUCUGUGAAGCGGAAGUUGCAGUAUCUUGGCUUUCAAUGAGUCGCCGAGUUUUUACUCCAUGGAAUGAUUCAGGUUCCGCAAAACGCGGCUAUGGGGAUGGAUGCACGCCUUCAAUGUCUGUUGGAAAGCACAAGUCCUUUGGCCGCGAAAUGAGCAUGUCAGCGCAGGCGGGAUUGCUCAGUCCGAGCAAGCAUGGUAUAACUUCGGUUUUCAAAUAGAAUUAAAAAGUUUGGAGGUGGUAGAAAGUCCUGCCCCUUCUCUUUCUGUAAAGGAAUGAAUAAUAUGCCAGCACUGCUUUCCCUUUCUACAUGAACACAGCCACGACGUCCUUUAUGGCCGCCAACGAGGCUCGUUCGGGGUACCGCGAUAAGAUGGCCGUCUUGUUUCGCCGCUUGGACACCAACGGCGACGAAACGCUCGACAUGGACGAAUUCCUCGCGUUCUUCGCACAGAUGGGCAAGGAAAGCUGUCCAAAAGCGGUAAUGGACAUUUUCAAGCACUUUGACGCAGACCGAAACGGCGCCAUAGACUUCGACGAGUUUUGUGUUCUGAUGGAAAGCAUCAUACCCGCCAAGCAAGCCUACGCCGAAGCCAUGUGGAAUGGAGACGUAUUUUUCACAUAUCCAUCCUAUGGAUGAUAGAUGUUUUGCGUUUGGUAUUUUCUGUUGCGCUGUGGUAAAGUGAGGAAGAAAAACCUGUUUUGCUUUUUUUACGACUCCUGUCUUCUACUUCUACAGGUAUCAAUCGACAUGAUGGCGGAAUCGCUCGGGGGGCUUGCCACGCUGAACCGAACCCAGGAGGCCAUGAUCCAUGCGGAGGCCUGUGCGAUUUCACCAAUGGGCAAUAUGCUCACGCCGAUCUCGAUCGCACAACUCUUGAAAACUCCAUACCACUACAGCCCGGUCGGGUUCGUCUGCGCGAAAUGCAACAUCUCAUGUGAGAAUCUCACGGCGAAGACAGCGUACUCUGAAAAUUCAGUUUCGCGUGUUGUUCUUCGCUAUGGUAGAUUACCUUCGUGCAUCAACAACGACGGAACGAAGUGCAAACGCCCCGUGGUUUUGGGAGUAGAGUUGUCAUUGUCAAUGUCGUGUGCAAGUCAAAAUCAAAAAAUAUCAGGUUCUACUGCGCGCAGGAAAACUACCUGAUCUGCAGCAUGUGUGCCUACCUGGAACGGAAGGCACAGAUUGCGGAAAUGACGGAGAUUGUCCGCACGGAAAAGAAAAAGUCCACCGUGAAGCCGUUUCUGCCCAACUACCUGAAAGAUUCGCCGAUGCCGAGUCCGAAGUCUCGGCUGGUGAAAUCCGAGAAACAAAUGCCAAUGAGCCACCGGGUUACGAAAGCGUACGGAACCACGCUGCUAGAAGCCGAAUCGGAUCCGUUGUACAAGCCGCUUUGAGGUUGAGGCGUCGUACGAUAUGAAAAAUCAGGAUACUGUACAAUAUAUGCAAGUCUUUGUCUACCAGUUCUAGUACUAACUACUGAAGUGAAGUGGUGCAUGUAAAAUGCAAAUUGUUGUUGUUGAAGCGAUAUAGUUUCCUACUCCUACAUGACCAAAAAGAGGCCACAAAAACUACGAAGUGAAAGUGCCGGCUCUGGACUCACAUCAAUUUGGUAGAGUUUCAGGAUAAACAUGUAGAGUACUGUACAAACAUACUCCAUUUGAAAGCAUAGUGGGCUAUCGUAUCUGCAACUCUAUGUUGUCCAAAAAAGUUGGUUUGGCAGUGAUGAACACGCAUAGAAAGUAAAACAGGAGGCGCGGAAGAGCAUAGCUCUCUCUCCGCAGUGGCAGUAUAGUCUGCCUGACUGUA